CGCUACCGGGCUGCGGCGUCUCUGCUUCCCUCCGGGUGAGUAGGGGCUGCCCGCUGGAGGUCAGCGCAGAGCCAGUGCCGCGAGGAGCGCGGGAGGAGCCGGUGUGGGCGCGCCGGGCGCCUACCCUACACUGGCCGCUGUAGCCACCCAGGGAGCCGGGAGGGAACCCGGGCUCUGUGACUUUGUCACCCGGGACCCGGCGAGCGGUCACGUGGCCGCGGGGACUCGCGGUGCUUCGACCCCUCUGCAGAGACUCUCGAGGUUGGCGCACCCCAGGGCCGGUGGGGACCAAAGUGUGGACUGUUUACUUCGGUUUUGCGUGCGCCCGAGGAGGUGGGCUGGAGGAGGGCAGCAGGUGGCUCACUCAGACGCUCUCACCCUCGGGUGGCCUUUGAGCUCCAAGCAAAGGCAGCUGACGCUUUACAGAGCUCUGCGCUUCCAGCACGCACAGUACCUGCGUGUUACUGACGGCCGGUGUGUGGUAACAGCCUUUGGAAGACACGUAGAACAACCCUCUCCUCGGGUCAAGUGACAUUACUUUCUACUAACUAGGAAGUCAUCCAGUGCAACAAGUACUGAUUGAUCACUGCCGUAGUUCCUAUCACUUGGAUCAGAUGCUAUGGCCAGAAGGGCACUAAAGCUUGCCUCAUGGACCAGCAUGGCUCUUGCUGCCUCCGGCUUCUACCUCUACAGUAACAAGUACUUGGACCCUAAUGACUUUGGUGCUGUCCGGGUAGGCAGAGCAGUUGCUACGACAGCGGUUAUCAGUUACGACUACCUCACCUCCCUGAGGAAUGUCUCUUACGGCUCAGAGGAGUACUUGCAGCUCCUGUCUAAGGUGCACCUCCGCUCUGCCGGGCGUCUCUGUGAGCUCUGCUGUGCCAACCGCGGCACCUUCAUCAAGGUGGGACAGCACCUGGGGGCCCUGGACUACCUGCUGCCACAGGAGUACACCAGCACACUGAAGGUGCUCCACAGCCAGGCCCCACAGAGCAGCAUGCAAGAGAUCCGCCAGGUCAUCCGCGAGGACCUGGGCAAGGAGAUACAGGAUUUGUUUGUGAGCUUUGAUGACACCCCUCUGGGGGCCGCCUCCCUGGCCCAGGUCCACAAGGCAGUGCUGCAUGAUGGGCGGACAGUGGCUGUGAAGGUUCAGCAUCCAAAGGUGCAGGCUCAGAGCUCGAAGGACAUUCUCCUGAUGGAGAUGCUCGUUCUGGCUGUGAAGUGGCUGUUUCCAGAGUUUGAAUUCAUGUGGCUUGUGGAUGAAGCCAAGAAGAACAUGCCUUUGGAGCUGGAUUUCCUCAAUGAAGGGAGGAAUGCCGAAAAAGUGGCCCAAAUGCUCAAGCACUUUGACUUCCUAAAGGUCCCCCGGAUCUACUGGGAGCUGUCCACCAAGCGGGUCCUUCUGAUGGAGUUUUUGGAGGGCGGGCAGGUCAAUGACAGACACUACAUGGAGAGGAACAAGAUCGAUGUCAACGAGAUCUCACGUCAUCUGGGCAAGAUAUACAGUGAGAUGAUCUUUGUCAACGGCUUCGUGCACUGUGAUCCCCAUCCAGGCAACGUGCUGGUGCGGAAGCAUCCAGGCACUGGAAAAGCGGAGAUUAUCCUGCUAGACCAUGGACUCUACCAGGUGCUCACAGAAGAGUUCCGCCUGGAUUACUGCCACCUCUGGCAGUCCCUGAUCUGGACUGACAUGAAGAGGGUGCAGAAGUACAGCCAGCGCCUGGGAGCCGGCGAUCUCUACCCUUUGCUUGCCUGCAUGCUGACGGCCCGGUCGUGGGAGUCCAUCAACAGGGGCAUCGACCGAGUUCCAGUCACUGCCACUGAGGACUUAGAGAUCCGUGACAAUGCAGCCAACUACCUCCCCCAAAUCAGCCAGCUGCUCAACCAUGUGCCACGCCAGAUGUUGUUGAUCUUCAAGACCAAUGACCUGCUGCGUGGUAUUGAGGGUGCCCUGGGCACCCGUGCCAGUGCCAGCUCCUUCCUCAACAUGUCACGUUGCUGCAUCCGGGCUCUGGCUGUGCACAAGAAGAAGAAUACCUGCUCAUUCUUCAGAAGGACCCAGAUCUCUUUCAGUGAGGCCUUCAACUUAUGGCAGAUCAACCUUCAUGAACUCAUUCUACAUGUGAAGGGGUCGAGGCUGUCCUCCUGGGUCUUGGCCCUACUUUGCUGGCUGUUUUCUGCUCCACAUUGAGUGGACUUGCUGUCCUGCCUCUUUGUGCCAUAUGGUGGGCAAGGAAUCUUUUCACUCCUCACUCUUUCAUCAUGUCUCCACAUAGUGGUCUGCAGUCCAGGGAUCACUGCUAUACUUCACCUUUGGAAUUCCUCUACCUGCACUGUAGCCCUUGUUUCAGGGCCACACACUGUAUCAUGGAAUAGACUCCUCUCCUUAUCCCAAGAGAAGACACAGCAGUCUACUUUACCACUCCCAGUAUUUGCCAUUGGGCUGAGUGUCUCCUCACUUCCGUUAACCCUUUAUAUUGGGUGGACCAUGUAUCCCAUUGAGGGCACAUUUAACUCGUAGGAAGUUCGAUUUUGUUGGAGAUGAGCAUGGUCUCUGAACUUGCCAGAAAAUGGGUUUCUCUCCUUCUCAUAUCACACCCCAGAGGUGUCACACCUUAGUGAAGUAUUUUGGCAUCUUAGGGCAGACUCCACUGCAGCCAUGAGUUCACUCUGCCCUUUGAUGUUUUAUGUCAUGUACUGUGUUUCAAUAAAAAAAUCCCUUCAGGAUUGCA